AUGACCAUCGCUGCUGUCGACGAGCGCCUAACAUUGCAUCCCGAAGAACACAGAACCUCCAAAGAUCACCGGCGCACACGUCAUAGUAGCCAUCAGCACAAACGGGAGCACAGACGACAGCAUUCGAAAAGGAAAUCGAACGCUAAACCGGGAUUGAAAUUGAAAUCCUCCCGCACCACUCCACCCAAACUAGACGCCGACGCGGGGAACAAAAUGGAAACGAUAGCAGCCAACACCACAACUGCUGCAGCAGUCCUAUCAGUCCCCACCACCACGGCUACUGUCACCAUGGCCACCAUCCCCCCCGCUGCAAACGCUGCGACAACAUCCAGCUCCGUCAUUGACACCAACACCACCACUGCAGCAUACACGGGUUCUGCCUAUGACCCCACUGCAACAUCUUCGGUACCACCCACCAUUGGGCAGCCAUCGUCAUCGCCUUGCCCUGCUCAAACGCUCCAAUCGCUCCAGCCACUAUUAUUCCCGGACUUCAGAGCAAUUUUGGCAGCGAGGGGCCUAGGAUCGACACCCAACACUAUUACCGGCGGUUUUCCCGCCUUUCCUGCCCCUGCCCCCGCUUUCACUCCCGCCUCUGCAGCUACCAUGCAGGUACUCCCGAACAGGACCUCUGGAACUCGGGCGGUGGCUUCCAUCUCUCCAAGAAUCAGAGAUGUCAGCUCGCCGGAGCAACGCGGACAUUCAGGGACUCGACACACCAACGCCCAAUUCUCGGAUCUUCCUUCUCUCCGUGACCCGCAUCAACAGAGGCAGCGCACAAUAUACCCAUCCGUCACAAAAAGGUGCAGGAAAUUCAGUAACAACGAAGGGAUUCUCCCCUACACCACAAGCAAGGGCAAGAGCAAAUUAAACAUGAGACAAUGCACUCUCUGCGGAGCCAUCCUGUCACACCCGGUGAGCAGGCAUUACAAGAAGACCCACCCUAACUAUGUCUUCGAUAACAAGCACCAGUAUUUCCCCAAGCCCUACUACUACUACACGGAAAAGGCCAGGGAAAGGUGUCCGAAAGAGCUGCAACCACCUAAGGAACUGGAAGACUCCGUCAUCGGGUACUCCUCGGAAUUUGUAGGAUACCACUGA